GGUCCCAUUUUCCUUUUUCAUAGGAAGACUAGAGGAAUGCAAUUGGGGACCCCCCCUUCCAGAAGGUAGGGGGGGUCUGCAUCUCCGCUUCGGCCGGGCUUUGGGCUCGAGCGUGGUGGCCGACACCUCACGUCCGCUGAUACAACGCGCGCUUCCGCCCCGUUGGGGUGCCACAAAGAAAGUCUUUCGAGACAAAUCCAUAAGCGAUGCCUCGCAUCCCUUCACUCGCAGUUCUCUUCGUGACCGGCUGUGCCGCACAAUUCUUGGCUGACGCCCCGCCCAAGGCGCUCCUUCUCGAGCUCAAGGACCUCUUGGGCGAGAAUCACCUCACCUUCUCCCCGCAGCGGCUGGUGGCUCUGCAGCAGGACCUCAGCGACCUCUUCGCAGCGCUGCCCAAGAACUCCCGAGGCUCUGUGCGACCGGCGGCGGCGCGCUACGCGCUGCACCGGCUACUGGUCCAACGCCAUGGGUGGCAGUUCAGCGGCCUCGAGCUGGGCGGCGACUCUUGGGACAGCUCCUCCCCCACGGCGGCCUUGGGGAACCGCGUGCCGGAGGACGUGGCGCAGCUUUUCGAGAGCCGCCUCACGGAGCACGGCCUGGACUUGUCGGAUUUGGCCACGCUGGCGGCCAUGCUGGAGAACAUGGUCCACGCGGAAGCCGACGUGCGCUUGGCUGCAGCCUACCGCGCGCUCAAUUUGCCGCUCAGAGAAUCGCUGGAUCUGCAGCAGUCCACGCAGGUGCUCGAGGCCUACAUGGCCAGCUUCGUGCUGGGCGCGGACAUGCAGCACCUGCAGCCGGAGAACAUCCGCACCAAGCUGUCCGAGGUGCCGGAGCAGUAUCCGACCUGGCCAGCGACGCAGACCUUCCUGCAGGAUGUGCGACAGGAGGUGGCGCCCACUGCAAACUUCUCGUUCCAGGCCCUCUCAGAGGUGGUGGCGGCAGUGGGGGAGCGCUAUGGCAAGUGGCAGAGCCACGAAUGUUCCCACCUCAAGGAAGAGCUGUUGCAGAGUGAGGAGCAUCCCAACACCGGGAGGGUUCGCCUCAGCGACUUCUACAGCCAGGCCUUGCAUGGAGGCAAGUGGCAGUUCAGCGAAAGCGUUUCCUACCUGCGGCAGCUGGGAGCUCUUGACGAGUCAGACCCCGAGGUCAUCCGCGUCAUCGUGCCCAACUACAUCUUGGGACCUUCGAAUUGCAUCGCCUCUUCUGGCUACUACGCGGUGUGCUGCAUCGAUGAGUGUGAUGCUUAUUUGCGGGGCCUCGAAGACAAGCUCAAGUCCCAUCAGGCCUCGCCGGAGGCCAUCUUGGCGGCGGUGAACCGCUCGGUGGCGCCCAGCUUGCAGCGCCGGCUCCGCGAGGUGGCGGCCCACCACGGCGGGCAGGUGCCUUUGCACGGCCGACUCUUCUCGCAGUGGCUGCACCACCUCCACCCUCGAGAAUGCCCAUAUCCGCACAUGUCAGGUACCACCAGCCCCCUCCGCCCGGAGAUCUUUGAGGAGCAGGUGGGCGAGUCUGUAGGAGCUUCCGAGGAGGAGAUGAUGCAGCACGUGGAGAGUGCCGGCUGGCGGAAGGCACCAAGCCAUGAGGAGGGCAUGUGCUCCAACAUGUGGACAAUGGAGGAGGAGCUGGUGGACUCCCUGUCCACCGCGGAGCCCGUCUCCGUCUUCGGGACCCGCGCCGCGGCGCGAGGCCUGGCGCUGGCCACGGCGGUGGUGUCGCUGGUGGUGACGCUCGCCAAGAUCCUCACCUCCGCCAGGCCCGAGACACUGGCGAAGCCGGCUGCGCCCAAGAUCUACAGCGUUUGAGACCAUGGGAUGCCGAGCGCAGGACCA